GCAGUUCAUUUAUUGCGAUUUCUUUAUUAGAAAACGAUUCGAACCAUUCUCAACAGACUACAGCCUUUCCGAAACGAACGGUUCAACAAAAGCUUCCGCAAACCAACUAUCCGCCUUCUUUAUCAACUCCAAGGUCUUACAACACUCGAAACAACGCCGAAUACUUUCUUUCAACUAUUAAAACACCAACACAACUUCUCUUCGGUUCUAAACACUAUCUUCUUCUGGUUUUCUCUUAUUUGCUCUACAAGUGCUCUAUAUUUAAUAUUCUUCCAGCAUAGUUUACACUCUUUGCUUCGCAGAUUUCCUACACCAGCUUUCUCAGCAAGUUCUCCGAUAAUUCUUCUGGCAGAGAGUUGCUUUGUUCCAGUUUUUCCAAAAGGCGCCAAGCAUUUUUUCAAAUAUUUUUUUUUCUCUGGAGUGUCUCUAACGCAAUCUUCAAGUCCACGUGCUUUCUUUUUUCUUCCAAACUAUUCGCGGUAUUUUUGAAAUCUUCAACCUCUCUUUUCUGCUGUAAUAGAUAGACUACUUGUUCCACUUGUUGAAUCUCCAAAGAAAGUCGUACAAACUCUAUCAAACGCUGUUGAAAGUUUGCUUAACUGGCUCUAAUAGCUGUAUAGAAACGAAAUGUUUGUUUGUCCCAUCGAGACCAAGGAAUUGAGUCUUGGACAUUGACAUUUUCUACUCCAUGUUUUGGAAACCGUUCUUCCCUAUAUGGAAACAUACUAAAAAACGACUGCACAAGAGUUCAAAAUAUGUUUUAGAAUAUCCACAAAGAUGGAGUGUUUUUACUCGUUUUUUUUCUGUUGCGCAACCUAAACCUCGUUCUGAAGAUGCCUCUCAACAAUCCCUUCAAAGUCUGAAGGAUCAAUAUGAAGCUUGGAAAAGAAAUCCCUCAACAGUAUCUUUUCCGUGGUCUUCCAUGUUUCAACAAAUUCAAAAGUGGGAAACCCAAGUAGCCAAAGACAGCUUUUCACCACAACAAAUAUUUCAGUAUAUGAUAGAUUAUGCAAAUCAUAGUAUGAAAAUUUCUCAAAUGGUGAAUAAUUAUCGAAACUUUGGUCAUUUCAAGGCGCAAUGGGAUCCUCUCAAACUGGAUUCCCAGUUUGGUUUUUACAAGCACUUGAUACCACAAGAUAGAAAACAGUUACUGGAUUGGGAAUAUUAUAAACAUUCCUCCAAAACGACUGAUGCUUUGUCGAUUGGACAUCUUCCUAUCAAUGAGUCUCUGGAGUCCUUAUUUCAACAUCUUGAAAGUAUAUAUUGUGGAAAUGUGGGAUAUGAAUAUGCUCAUCUUUCUAGAGACAAGGAAAGAAAGUGGUUCCAACACAAAGUAGAACGCAAAUUUCCAUCCCUAUCGAAUGAACAAAAGAAACAAAUAUUAAAGGAUUUGACAGCUGCUGAUAGUUUUGAAAGAUUUUUAGCCAUCAAGUUUCCUACAGCCAAACGUUAUGGUGGUGAAGGAGGAGAAUCCAUAGUGCCAGGUUUACAUGCGAUAUUAGAAACAGCAUCUUUAUUGGGUGUACAAAGUGUCGUUAUUGGAAUGCCGCAUCGAGGAAGAUUAGCCAUACUUGCCAAUGUAUUGAAUAUGCCAGUGGAAGAAAUAUUACAUAGUUUUGUAGCAGAUCGAGUACCAUUCACAGAUAUUUAUGAUUGCACUGGGGAUGUGAAAUCUCAUUUAUCUAUUUCCACCGAUUUAAAGUUAUCAGGAACAGGAAAUUCCAUACAUGUCAGUUUGUUGGAGAAUCCUUCCCAUUUAGAAGUAGUUAAUCCAGUUCUCAUUGGCAAGACUAAAGCUAAACAAGACAUAGUUGCUACAAAUGCUAAAGUAUUGGCAGUCAAUAUACAUGGAGAUGCAGCAUUUACUGGUCAAGGUGUUGUAUAUGAAACUUUACAAAUGUUCAAACUAGAACAUUAUUCUGUCAAAGGAACUGUUCAUUUGAUUGUCAACAACCAAAUUGGUUUUACUACUCAUCCUCAAGAUGGUCGUAGUUGUACCUAUUGUACGGAUAUUGCCAAAGCAUUAGAUAUUCCAGUAUUUCAUGUGAAUGGUGAUGACCCUGAGGCAGUGGUUGCUUGUUGUAGUUUGGCUGUAGAAUAUCGACAACAUUUUGGCAAAGAUGUGUUGAUUGACCUUGUGUGCUAUCGCUUGCAUGGCCAUAAUGAAGUAGACCAACCUAGUUUUACGCAACCUACAAUGUACAAAUGCAUCAGGAAUCAACUUCCUGUGAGUAAAAAAUAUGCAAGUCAUUUGAUAUCCAAUGGAGUGAUGAAUGAAGAAGAAUAUCAACAAUGGAUACAAGACUAUCAAACAGCUUACCAAAAUGCCUUUCAAGCGAAUUGGAAACCAAAGCCUCACUUCCUUCAAGGCAACUGGAAGGAUAUGAUUCCCGAAAGCAUAUUGGAUACUGAACCAUCUACGACAGGAGUCUCUGAAGAUACCUUACAUAGACUGCUACAAAAGCUUUGCCAUGUUCCUGAAAACUUCGAGCUUCAUCCUCAAAUAUCCAAGUUAUUAGAAGAACGAAGAAAUAUAUUGAAUGGAAAAGCUUUGGAUUGGGCUACUGCAGAAGCUUUAGCUUUCGCCACUCUUCUAGAUGAAGGAUAUGGUGUUCGUCUAAGUGGUCAAGAUUGUCAACGUGGCACCUUCUCUCAACGUCAUGCUUUAUGGGUUGAUCAAGAAAAUGAAGUGCAUUACUAUCCAUUCGCAGCCAUUGGAACUUGUCCAAGUGUCUAUAAUUCGCACUUGUCCGAAAACGCUGUAUUGGGUUUCGAGUGGGGUUAUUCUUUAGAAUCUCCUCAAACUUUAGUUAUAUGGGAAGCUCAAUUUGGAGACUUUGCAAAUAGUGCACAAGUCAUGAUAGAUUGUUUUCUGUCAUGCAGCGAAAGGAAAUGGAGAAAGCAAAGUGGUUUGGUAUUAUUCUUACCACAUGGAUGGGAAGGUCAAGGUCCCGACCAUUCUUCUGCAAAACUAGAAAGAUUUCUCCAGUUAUCGGAUGAAGAUCAAGAUAUCAUACCUGAAUGGUAUUCCAAUCCUAUUCAACAGUUGCAAAAGACCAAUAUUCAAGUUGCGAAUUGUACCAGUCCAGCCAAUUUGUUCCAUCUCUUACGGGCACAAAUGCAUCGCAAGGCAAGUCCAUUCAUCAUUUCUUUUCUGUUAUCAUGAUCCUUCCUUUUAGUUUCGUAAACCAUU